AAAACCUAAUUCGAAAAGUUUUAAACACGCGAUGAGUUUAGCGCUGUCUGUUAAAAUGUCAUUUACGGCUUUGGAUUUUCGCGGUUCAUUUGUUUUAUAAAUGUGGAAACCAAUAAUAUUGGACGUCGAGUGCAUUGUUUGCAAUAAAACAUUGCACAAGAUUAACCACGGUCCGCAACACGGUACGCGAGAUAUGGGAAAAGUGUCUACCAACCGCAGAUUGAGAACUCCAAACUGGUCGCUUGAAGAAAAACAAUAUCUUUUGGAUUUAAUAAAGACUCGUAAAGACGUCGUGGUUACCAAGAAUAACAACGGGCCCAACUAUUCUGAAGAAAAGGACGUAGCUUGGAACGAGAUAUUGCAUGAGUUGGCCACUAAAUUUGGCUCGAAGUUUCACGGUAGCUCUAUAAAAAAAGUAAAGACCCAGUGGCAGAACAUGAAACGCAUAGCACGUGAGGAAAUAUCCGUGAAUGGGCAAAUGCUACAGAAAUACUCGCGACAAUCUCUCCAAGUGUGUAAUAUCUUAGAAAUGAUGAAGGAUGGAGUACCAAAAGUGGAAAAUCAGAAUACCAACGAAGUUACCAUGACAGCUAACGUUGAAAUUAAAACUGAAUGCAUUGAUGAGGAAAUGGAUCAACCUAGCUGCAGUAGUGCUAACAACGCGACAUUAUCAGUAGGAUCCGAAAUCCAACAAAAUCAAGCUAACUUAAAUUUAAAUUAUACAUCUACUUCGACUUCGAAUUCUGACCAAAGUUUCGGAAACAACGCAUUUGAAAUUGCAGAAAAAAGUUUUCAAAAAAGAAAUGCAUCAGUCAUGACUGAACCUUCCUGUGACACAAAUAAUACUUGUAUUAACAAAGAAAUGCAAGAUUUUGUAAAGUAUACGGAAAUAGAGAAGCAAUUAAAAGUAGAAGCAAUGAAAGAAGAGCGUCAAAUAAUAAAAGCAAUGAGAGAGACUGCUGAAUUAAACAAAAUAAUUGCUGAGCAAAGAUUAAAACACAUGUUGUGGAUUAAAAAACAAGAGAUGGCGUAAGCGUUUGAAUUUUUU